UUGAAAACGUAGCAAGUAUAUUCCUAGCAGCAGGCAGCAUAUCACAAGGAUGUGGACUGUCCCUUCCUGUUUUACAGCCACCGUAGCUCCGCGGAGCAGAAAAGACGAGUGGUCCGAAGGCAGACAUGUCGGGAUCCACGCAGGGCUCGUCCCCCACGCGGACGCGGUUUUAUUAGCGUGUGGCGCUCGCUGCUAAAGCUUUAGCAGGCCUGCUUGCUUAUUGCCAUUCUGUUCAAGUCUGCCAAUGCUCGCCCUCCUCUCGGUCUCAUGGCGGAGACCAAAAUCAUUUAUCACAUAGACGAGGAGGAGACUCCCUAUCUGGUCAAACUGGCUGUUUCUCCUGACAAAGUCACCUUAGCCGAUUUCAAAAAUGUCCUCAACAAUCGACCCGUCCACAGCUACAAAUUCUUCUUCAAAUCCAUGGACCAGGAUUUCGGGGUUGUCAAAGAAGAGAUUUCCGAUGACAACGCCAAGCUGCCUUGCUUCAACGGCAGAGUGGUGUCCUGGUUGGUGCUAGCAGAAAGCGCCCACUCUGAUGGAGGAUCGCAGUGCACAGAGAGCCAUCCAGAGCUGCCUCCUCCCCUCGAAAGAACAGGCGGCAUCGGUGACUCCCGGCCCCCUUCCUUCCACGCCAACGCAGUGAGCAGUCGUGACUGCCUGGAUACCGAGACAGGCACAGAGUCCCUCCUGAGCCACCGGCGCGAGCGUGAAAGAGAGCGUGCCCGAAGGAGAGCUCGAGAAACCGAGCUCCCUCGCAUCAACGGCCACUCUAAAUCGGAGCGUACUGCGAGGGACUCGGCCAUGGGUUACGACAGCACCUCCGUGAUGAGCAGCGAGCUGGAGUCCAGCUCGUUUGUCGACAGCGAAGAAGAUGAAAACGCAAGCAGGCUCAGUAGCUCCACAGAACACAGUACCUCCUCACAACUGAUGCGCAGGCACAAGCUCCGCCGGCGAAGGCACAAAGUGGCCAAAAUAGACCGGUCUUCAUCCUUCAGCAGCAUCACCGACUCCACCAUGAGCCUCAACAUCAUCACUGUCACACUUAACAUGGAAAAGUACAACUUUCUGGGCAUCAGUAUUGUCGGUCAGAGUAACGACCGUGGUGACGGCGGCAUCUACAUCGGCUCCAUCAUGAAGGGCGGAGCUGUGGCUGCUGAUGGCAGGAUAGAACCGGGAGACAUGCUCCUGCAGGUGAACGAUGUCAACUUUGAGAACAUGAGCAAUGACGACGCUGUGAGGAUCCUGAGAGAGAUCGUUUCCAAAACUGGUCCUAUAAGUCUUACUGUUGCCAAAUGUUGGGAUCCAUCUCCUCGAAGUUACUUCACCAUCCCUCGUGCUGAGCCAGUGAGACCCAUUGACCCUGCCGCCUGGAUUUCACACACCACUGCCCUGACAGGACCAUACCCCCACUAUGAGUUCGACGAUUUGCCUCUAUCAACGAGCAAAACAGACAUGGCGACCAUCGUCAAGAUUAUGCAGUUGCCGGACUCUGGCCUGGAGAUUCGGGACAGAAUGUGGUUGAAGAUCACCAUCGCCAAUGCUGUCAUUGGCGCUGACGUGGUGGACUGGCUCUACUCCCGAGUGGAGGGCUUCAAAGACCGGCGGGAUGCCAGGAAGUAUGCAAGCAGUCUGCUGAAACAUGGCUACCUGAGACACACUGUCAACAAAAUCACCUUCUCUGAACAGUGCUACUACACCUUUGGGGACCUCUGCCAAAACAUGGCGUCGCUCAAUUUAAAUGAGGGAUCCAGUGGAGGCGGGUCCGAACAUGACGCUUUGGCACCCCUCCCUCCCGCCGCCAACCCGUGGCCCAUGGGGGGGCAGCCGUUCCCCUACCCCCCCUUCCCCUCCGCGCCCCCCUGCUUCCCGCCUGGAUACUCGAACCCGUGCCACAGUUUCCACAGUGGGAGCGCAGGGAGCCAACACAGUGAGGGAAGCCGUAGCAGUGGAUCCAACCCCAGUGCGGGCAAGGGAAGGCGUUCGUCCCCGCAGGACAAGGUUCAGAAGUCAACGUGCAGUGAGUCUGAGGCGGGCGUGCGUGGGGGCAGGCGCGGCGACAGGUGCGCCAGUCAAAUGAGCCAUCGCAGCCACGCCCGAUCGAGUCACAGCCAGUCGCACAGGAGCCACCACGCCUCCUUCACCUACAGCCACGUGCCCUUCACCCAAAAAGGGCUGGGUUCGUGCGCCCACAGCGAGCGAAGCCACGCGUCCUCCUACGGCCCGCCUGGUUUGCCGCCGCCGUAUUGCCUGGCGCGCCUUGCCCCGAAGGCUUCGGUUAGCAGCAGCACGCCACCGGGAGCGCCUCCCGGGAGAGAGCUAGCCGCCUUUCCCCCCGAGCUCACCGCCAGCCGCCAAUCCUUGCAGCAUGCUAUGGGCAAUCCCUGCGAGUUCUUUGUUGACAUCAUGUGACAGGACAGUGCCUUGAACACACAACUGCUACUGCUCCCUCUCCAUUAUUUGUUGAACGAACGCAGAGACUGGCUAAAGCCUCCGCAAAGGAUGAUGGGAAAUUCUGUGGCUGCAGAAGGGACGUGAAGUGUACAGUUUGUGAAGUGCUGUUCAAUGUGGUGAGUCGAAUCUCUCAAGCGGCCAAACAGAGUGUUCCUUCAUUCCACCGUGGAUGUUCUCCCCUUUGAGACUUUAAAGCUAGCUGGGCCUGGAGCUCAAUCCCCAGACCGUCAACCCCUCGCACUUAUUUUUUCCCCCCCGUGGACUCGAUCGGCGUACUGAGGAACAUUGGCUGCCAACUUUUGACUUGUUGUCCCAUGCUGUAGCAUUACCACUGUUUUUUUUUUUUUUUUUUUUCUUCUCCUUUCCCCAAGCUCUUACCUGCCAACUACUCACAUGCUACCUGUGAUCAGCGGGUAUCUUCAGCUUGGUUGUAAUGAAGUGGGACGAUGCAUGACUUUCAACCGCUUUUGGGUUAAAGUGUUACCUUUAUUUGGGUACAGGGGGCCCAUCUAGCCAACGUUCAAAAGGAACAAUCUGUAUGUACACUGGAGGCUUUUUGUGUUGUUAUUUAUGUGAUUGCAUUGCAUUGAUGGUGCCAUACGUCAUCCGCUAUGGCUGACUGACAAUCACAUAUCAGCCGUCUGUCACUCAGUGGCCAGUUUCCACAGUCGUUGCUGUGCUUUGUCGAAUGUAUUAUUGUCAGUGUCAAGACACUUGAAAGUCGACCAUCACUUUGGUUUCAAGUGGCGUACAAAUCGGAUUGCAAACAGUGGACAAGGGUGAGCUUAAUAUUGAAUUUUGUCUAUCAUCAGGCUGUGUGGUGAGAGAAAUUGGGCAACACGUUUCAGGUAAGAACUAGCUUGGGCGGGGGGGGGGGGGUCACACACAGAUCAAAUGCAAACAAUUUUAUCCCACGCCCCCAAAAUAAUUCAGAGAAUAUCUUUUCCAUGAUAGCACUUUUUAUCUGGCAAGUAGUCUGUAGAUUCUAUAGAUUUUCAAAGUCUUUAUUUAUUAUUAUUUAAUUUUAGCAGCACUUCUCACAGCUUGUCAACUGAUUCCCCUUACGUCUUAUCUAUGACUCACAACCUGCAGUUAGUCACUGAAUGUGCAGUGGACCCCUGCUAUUCGCGGGGGAUGGGGACCGGGCCGGCCCACAAUAGUAAAAAUACGUGGGUAAUUGACAUUACGUGCAUUAUAAAUGCAUUGGGAAAAAAAGAAAAUUACCCAUCUAUCCAUCCAUUUUCUUUACCGCUUCUCCUCACUAGGGUUGUAGGCAUGCUGGAGCUUAUCCCAGCUGACUCUGGGUGAGAGGCGGGGUACACCCUGAACUGGUCGCCACCCAGUCGCAGGACUCACAGAAAAAAAAAAAAAAAAACAUUCGCACUCACAAUCACACCCACGGG